AUGCUUCAGGAAUUAUAUUAUGGGACUAGGCCUGGCGCGAUAGUCCAAGGAUGGCCCUCACAAGGCGGGAUCUAUACGCUUCAGGUAUCUAGCAGAGUAGAGAUAGAUUUCCUGGAAUUGGACCCAUUUAACAGCACGCUGUAUCCAACCAAUUCCGAUCCUGAAUGGCAACCAAAAGAUAAUAAGCACCACUGUGAUCUAUGCGACGUCUUGGCCUAA